UAAAUUAUUAUAAAUUUCGCAACUGUCUUCAUCUAGGGGUCAAUUAGGUCUUAAGUCGAUUGUUUUUGGUGCAAAUUCUACUUCAAACACUAAAAAAUAUGAAAAUCCUAUUUGUUUGUCUCGGUAAUAUUUGCCGUAGUACAAUGGCUGAAGCUGUAAUGAAGAAUAUCUGCUCCACAAAAAACCUCACUGGAUGGGAAGUCGACAGCUGUGGUACUAGUGACUAUAAUAUUGGAAAACAACCAUAUCAUCUGACUUUAAGAACCUUAAAAGAGCACGGAAUAAAAGAUUUUAGACACAAAGCAAGACAGAUACGAAGCUCAGACUUUACAGAAUUUGAUCAUAUUCUCGUCAUGGAUCAUAAUAAUCUGUCUGAUGUCAAGUAUGAGGCACCUAAAGAUUGUCCAGCCAACAUAGAAAUGCUAACUGCAUAUGAUCCACAAAAAGCACCAUACAUUGUGGAUCCCUAUUACGAGGAAGAUAGCGUAUUUGAGGACGUUUAUCAACUAAUUUCUCGUUGCUGUGUAAAGUUUGUUGAAACUUACUCCAAAAAUAAAUAAACUUGAAUUAUAUAUUUUAAUAAUAUGAUAUAAUAAUUCAUCCAUAAUUUAAAAGCUAAAGCAAAUAAGUAUAAAAAGUAAUAAAUAAAUAAAGAGAAAUUCUGAAA